CCAGGCAAAUGAAAGUGGUUCUCGUAACUUCUGCGAUCAAACCGUCUCACUCGAAUUCAAUGUUAAAGGGAAAACAGUACAACGAAACGUACAGAAACGGUCUGGAGCCCAACGAUUUCGAAAGCCCUAUAUCAUAGCUAUCUCCCUAGCAAAUAAACGAAGACGGGUCUCGUUUGGCCAACGAUACAAGGGCAAAAUAUUAACGAGAUUCUGGCGAUACGUCUACUACACAGACGAAGCCCAUUUCAAUUCUCGAGAUCUCUCAGAUCGACCUGAAUAUGAGCUUCGGGGUCCCCGGAGCAAGUCAACGUCUUCAAAAUCUCCAGGAGACAGGAUCACUCCCACUCAACGUUACCGUUCACGUCGCAAGCGGUGUUUCGUACGGCCACAAAGGUCCACUCGUCUUCUACAACGAUCCAGCUUGUCCGACCGUCCCGAAAGCCUACAGACCACGCGCCCCUCGCCGAUCUGGCAUUGAAUCAGAAGAGCAACAUGCUGAGAACGUCCGAAUCUUUCGAGAAACAGCUGAUCGACCAGAGGUCGAAUUAAAGCCUAAAGGAAACUCUAUGAGCCAGAAAUUCUAUCUAAAAGAAGUUCCUCCGCAUCAUAUUAAACAUAUUAAAUGGCUCGAGGCUAAAUUUAAUCGGAAAUUCUUCUUUGUUGAGGAUAACGACCCAUCUCAUGGAACUCGUUCUAUGAACAAUCCCGUUAUACAAUGAAAAAGAGAUGAAGAUCUCCUCUUACUUGAUUACCCCGCUCAAUCAUCUGAUCUAAGUCCACAGGAGCCAGUUUAGAGAGCGAUGAAACAGGUACUUCGAGGUGGAUCGUGGCAUUCGGUGGAGGAGUUUAAGCAAGCUAUUCGGGCUGCCUUCGCUCGGUAUCACAGCAAUCAAUUCGUGGAUAUAUUAGUGAGAUGCCUCCGCGUUGUAAAAAGCUCAUCGAGCUAAAAGGAGGCCGAAUUCGCUCUGAUAAGUGGUAAAAA